AGAGCAGAAUUUGUUUGCUCGAUAUUUGCUUGCCAACUCUGUCUGUCGAUUUACAUUUUAAUUAUGAUCUCGUUUCGUGAUUUCAUGGCGUACAUGACGGACAAGCAUUCUGUUUCGAUUAAUUCCGUUAAUAGGUGCUCUCGCUGAGACCAACAUUCGAAAGAAAGAAUCACCUUGGGAUGUAGAAUUACAUUUGGCAGCGGCACGUGGCGAUGCGAAGCGUCUUCGAGUUCUCCUCGAUUCUGGUCGCGUCCAUGUCGAUUGCAAAGAUAAGACGAUCGGUUAAAUUAAUCGCAUCAUUAAGGAUCGGCCUUCUCGAUUGGUCGUUACAUCAAUUGAGGAACCUUACUAACAAUCGCCGCGUUAUUGCACUAAAUUACUGAUGCAGCGACGACGCGUGAUUCGACACACCGGAAAUAUAUAAAAGAAGUGCAGAAAGUAGAGACAGUUUGAAACAAGCGUAAGAUACUGAGGGAGUUACACGACAGAUUUACGACGCUUAAUUGCCUGUUUAAUGAUACUGAUAGGUACACGUAAAGAAUUUGAACUCCAAUGAAAGAAUGUUUUAUUUUCUAAAUGAUGGAACGACUCCUUUGAUAUUGGCCGCCGCCGGAGGCCACAUCGAAGCGGUCACCGAAUUGCUGCAACAAGGGGCGGAUCCUAAUGCCAGACGGCUGACGGGUACCACGGCGUUGUUCUUCGCCGCUCAAGGUGGCUACAUGGACAUCGCCAGCCUUUUGUUGGAGCACGGUUCCAUCGUCGACUCUUGCAGUAUAGACGGCGGUACCCCACUUUUUGUCGCGUGCCAGUGCGGUCACCUAGAUGUUGUUGAGGGACUGAUUGAAAGAGGCGCCAAUCCGAACGCUUACAUGAAGGAUGGGGCCACGGCAUUAUUCAUUGCCGCUCAAAAUGGCCACUUGCGUAUCCUAGAGGUUCUUCUGGAGCAUGGGGCAAAAACGGACGCGGCAAGAACCGAUGGUGCCACGCCUUUAUGGAUAGGAGCGCAAAUGGGACACGAUCACGUUGUGAGGAGGCUUUUGAAAGCUGGUGCGAAGGUCGAUGCCACCAGACACGAUGGCGCGACUCCGCUAUUCAAGGCGGCUCACAAGGGCCAUACCGCUGUUGUAGGCGAGCUACUCAAGUACCGUCCAUCUCUUGGUAUUCUUCCAAAUGGUGAAAGUGCACUGCAUGCAGCAGCAUUAACAGGACAAAUGACUGUUACAAGACAGCUGGUAGGUGCAGGAGCGGAUCCUUUACUCGUGAACCAAGAAGGUAUCACGCCGCUUCAAUUAGCUAUUAGGCACUCACAGACACAGGUGGCCAACUAUCUGAAGGAUAAAGUUAGAACGCGAACGGGAACGUCUUAGCAAAAUACGCGUUUAUCACCUACGUGCUAAAAUAGAAAUUAAGGUGAAAGAACGAAGAGGAAAGAAUAUACAGACCAGUGAAAGAGAUCAGUAUUUCUAAAGAAAAUGUAAUAUAUAUACAUAUAAUGUAUAUAUAUACUUUAGACAUAGUUUGUAUACAAGAUGAUCAAGUGAUUACAUCUUCAUCGUAUUUCGCGUAGCGUUAAAUAAGAUUAAAAAAUAAGCGAGAUGUUGAUUUAUGCUACAAUCAUAAGACUGUGGUUUAAAACUCCAUCAUUUUCUUAAAAUUGUUUGUUUAAUGUGUAUAUAUAUUUGGAUAAAUAUAAAACACAUCCUAGAGGUGUAUUAAAAAUAGGUGAAAUAUAUUUUAAUGUAUUCUCUUGUUGUAAAUAUUUUACAACGUUGAAAGUUCUAAAAAAACACUCACCGAUGUAGACGGCAUACAUCCCACAGAGUUAGUUUUACGCUAAAACUAUAUAUCUUGUUAAUACUGAACUUGUGGUUACAUAAACGUAAUAUAUAUAUGUACCUUUAAAUAAUACAAUCAUUUUGUUCUAAUUGAGGGUUCUAUAAGACUGAUUGAUUUGCCUUGAAAAAGAGAGUAAAAUUUAAUGAUUCUUUAGUACUAUGUCUAUUUCUUCUUGUUGAUUUAUUUAUAUAUUAUAUUAGUGUUAACGCGGCACGCACAGAAAAAGGGAGAGAAAAUAUAUUUCAUGUUCUUAAACUAUUCUCUAUGGUGAUAUUAAGAUAUUUUAUUUAGAUGUAUUAUGUUAUUUAGAUGUAAUGAAAUAUAUUUAUAAUUGCUUGUUUGAUGUUACUUUAUAAUAUAAUAAAUACAUUUACUGUUUU